AGAAACACCUGGAGGAGAGAGAGAGCGCUCAGGUGGUUGACAGCCGGGAGGAAAAUAUCCAAAGUGCACGACAGAAAACACAAAACAACAAAGCAAAGAGAGGAGGUUGUUUUUCCCACAUAGAGUGUUUUUGGUCGGAAGAGAAGCUCAGGACUCUCUGAAGCUGCUGAAGUCGUCUUCUUAAAGGUUCAUACAGAGGAAAACACCAACCAGGAGCUUCUAAACUAGACCGGACAAUCAUGAUGUCUCCAGAUGACCGAGCCCUCGAGGACCUGUUGUACUGCAGCGACCUUGGUGACGAGGUGGAGGCAGGGGAGCUGGGCGGCGCCCCGGCAAGGACGGAGGAGAGCGCUGCCAUAGAUAAUACUCCAGCAGCUGUUUCUAUCCAGGAGCCAAUGACAUGUGCCGGCUGUGGCGAGCCGGUGUGCGACCGCUUCUUCCUAUUGGCUGCAGGCAGCGUGUGGCACGGCGUUUGCCUCCGCUGCAGCCAAUGUCAUUGUGAGCUGCAGACACACCCCUCGCUCUACUGGAGAGAUGGAAACAUCUACUGCCAGCAGGACUACUGCAGGAUGUUCGGAGGUGGUCAGUGCGCCCGCUGCUUCCAGCCAAUCCCAGCGUCUGCUUUGGUCAUGAGGUCCGGUGAGCUGACCUUCCAUCUUCACUGCUUCUCCUGCGAGGAGUGUGACGUCAAAUUAAUGCCAGGGAACCUGUACUGCAUGCAGGGCCAGAACCUCUACUGUCAGGCACAUUAUCACAGCGAUGGGAGCGUCCCGCUAUCCCAUAACCCGCCGCCUGAACCAAAUCUGAAAGAAGCUCAAAACCAGAUCUCAGGUGACGGGGAGGAGUCUGUCAGCAGUCCCGAGCCACGAUUGGAUGACAAGGUGACAGGUGGGCGGACCCGCAGGCGGACCAAGCGAAUCAGGACGUGUUUCCGCACUGAGCAGCUCAGAGCGCUAGAGUCAUAUUUCGCCCAGAAGCACAACCCUGACGGAAAAGACUGGACCUGCCUUACCCACAAGACGGGCCUGCCCAAGAGAGUCCUGCAGGUGUGGUUUCAGAACGCUCGGGCUAAGUUGAGACGCUCCCUCUCCACCGACGACUCUCAGGUUCACUCCCCCUCCACUCCCCUGAGAGGCGUCACCGCGGCGACCGGCUCCCCGCCUCCGGCCCGCUCCCCUGCCGACCAAUCGCAGCCCUUCCCCACCAGCACCAUCGACGAGCUGCAGCUCUCCCUGCUCACCGCCCCGCUCAGCCCGGCCCUCAGCCCGGCCGUCAGCCAGUCACACCAGCCGCAAAACCCCGCCUUCUUCCUGGACUACGACUCCCAGAGUGCACCUGGCUGUACCUCCUCUCUGGAGGCCUACGGGGACUUUGGGGAGGCCAGAGGUGGAGCAGAGAGCGAAGCUGAUCCUGAAGCUGAUCCUUUUAGACCACAUUACUGCUAGACAAGGCUACUUCAAAAAAGAGUAAAUACGCAGCUUUAAACUAAAAGAAAACAUUAAAGCUUCCCAAAUUUUAAGGAUUUCUUUCUUUUUUUUAUUUUAUAUUAUUGUAAAUUAUUCUCAUUUGGGUUUUUUGAGUGACAGAUGAUGUCACUUUGAGCUCUGGGAUUUCAUAAGCGCUUGUCAUCAUGUUGUAAUCUGCUAAAUAAUUAAUCUAUUAAGGAAAAACUACUGAGGAAAAUAACAGAUUCAUGAGUUUGAAGACUUAGCCGAUGCCAAAACACUGUAAACUGUCUGACGGUUGGCUUUUCACUCUAUACAAACACAUUUUAUAUCCACAACAAACCAGCACAUAUUGUGUCAUUUGGGUUUUAAUCAGUUGAGGUGAACGGGAGACAUUGAAUUUUCACUUACCUCCACCUGUAUGAGCUGUUUUUAUGUUAUUACCUGAGUGGUGAAUAAACCAUCAGCUGGUUCCUA